GUGACCUUAUAAAUAGAUAAAAACCCCCCAUUUACAAUCUCCUUGCCCUAAAAAAGCAAUAAAGUAAAAAGGAAAAUAUAUUCAAGCAAAGAAGUUGGCUGAUUGAUCUGCAUAGUUUUUUUAUAUCAAAAUGUUGGCUAUUUUCCACAAGGCUUGUGCUCACCCACCAGAGGAGCUAAACAGUCCUGCUUCUCACAAUGGAAGCAAGAAGCCUAAGCUCCCAGAAGAGACUCUCACAGAGUUCCUCUCCCACCAUCCUCACAACUCCUUCUCCAUGGGCUUUGGCCGUGCUGCAGUGCUUGCUUAUGUCAAGCCAGACCAACCCUCUUACUCCCAACACCAGAGGUUGUUCUGUGGGUUUGAUGAUAUAUACUGCCUGUUCUUGGGGAGCUUGAACAAUCUGUGUCUGCUAAAUAAGCAAUAUGGUCUAACAAAGUGUACCAAUGAGGCCAUGUUUGUGAUAGAAGCUUAUAGAACCCUUCGUGAUCGUGGUCCUUACCCAGCUGAUCAGGUUGUGAAGGAUCUUGAGGGAAGCUUUGCUUUUGUUGUCUAUGACAGCAAGGGUGGAAAUGUCUUUGCUGCACUGGGUUCUGAUGGUGGAGUGCAGCUUUACUGGGGUAUUGCAGCUGAUGGAUCUGUUGUAAUUUCUGACGAAUUAGAGGUCAUAAAAGAGGGGUGUGCUAAAUCAUUUGCUCCCUUCCCAAAAGGAUGCUUGUUUCACAGUGAGGGAGGUUUGAUGAGCUUUGAGCAUCCAAUGAACAAGAUGAAGCCAAUGCCAAGGAUAGACAGUGAAGGGGUCAUGUGUGGGGCCACCUUCAAUGUAGAUAAGUAUACGAGGGUCAACAGCAUUCCACGUGUCGGAAGUGAAGCAGACUGGACUGAGUGGGCCUCCCAUUAGGAAAAGUGUGAUUGUGCUUUGCUUUGUCACCGUGACCCUGGCUGAAAAAAUAACUUGCUUCUGAUCUUUUUCCCUUUUUAUUGGUUGUUUUUUUUGUGUUUUUGUUUUUCUAUCUACGAACAAGGAUAUAAAUAUUGGAAUGAUCUUCAGAA